GCCACCAGCGGCCGCUAUCAGUACAAAAAGUGCCUAUAAAUAUCCAGUUCUAUAUUUAUUCGUUUAUAUUUUUAUUUGUGUUUUAUCUGAGGUUUUCUAUCUUCUAUCAACAAACACUGAAUUAGAAUCGUUUUAAGUAGUUAAAAUUAAUAAUAGGGACGCCACUUUUACUUUUCGCCACAGGCAGCCAAAAGUGUCGACAUGUUCAUGAGUUAUACCUUCAAUAUCUUUUAUGUAUGAUCAAUGAAAGAACAUAACGUUUAAUGAGGUAGUUUCUAGACACUUGAAUUUUUCUGAAUGAUUGCAGUAACGACACCAAGCUAAAUAUCGCGUACAGCAGCUAAUUUAUUUGUAUAUCCACGAUCCCUCAGGCCUGUGCAGUCGUCAUUGUUUGUCUGCGCUUCCUCGUUUUGAUGUUUUGGACUAUUGAGAACGAAGCAAGAAUAGUGAACAUUUACGGCCACUUUUGCACUUGUGUUAUGCGUGAGCCGUGUAACCCUAACAGAUCUGUUAAUAUUGAGGUUUAACAUUAAGUGUUUUAGACUUCUAGUUUCGUUGCGAAAACGUAUCCAACCCAGGUAAACUUUUAAUUGUCCAUCUUUAGCCCUGGUAUCUGAUGAAAGUGAAAGGCCUUGUUAGCACUGGAUAUGGAAGAAGAAAUGUAAUUCUAACUGCAACUUUGGUGUAAAUAUAAAGGUGAAGAUGUAACUAUGGAAGUAUUAAAGAUAAAGGCUGAACCCUUUCCUGAUGAGAAGCAGGAUGCUUUGUUAGAUGUCAAACUGAUGAAAAAUGAAGAUGAAACAUUUACAUUACCAAGGAGAGAAGCUGGUUCCUUACAAGAAAGAUCUUUACAUACCAUUUUGAACUCUGAUUUAGUAAAAGAGGAACAAGAAGAGAAGUAUGAAGCAACAGAAAAAACUGAGAACAUGUGUGUCACGGUGACAAAAGAACAGUCUGAUGAUUUACCACAAAGUGAGGUUAUUUCAAAGUUCAAUGAAAGUAGUGAUGAUGAUUUGGAUAGUUCAAAAUGUGAUGUUAUCAAUGUGAAAACAGAAACUGAAUUCAAGGAAGAUUUACAGUAUAUUGAAUCUAGGUUAGAUAGUACAUCUGAUAAAAAGACCAGUGUGAACAUCUGUUGUGGAAGUCAAUUUCCUGGUGAUGAUGUUUUAAGACAAGAAGAUAUUUUUACAGAAGUCAACAAAUGCCCGAAAGUAGACAAUGGCAUAUGUGGAAAUAUAAAUAAUGUAAAACAAUCUGAUAUACAUGAGGAAAGUGAUAAACCCUACAGUUAUAUGUCAUAUGGAAAAGAAUCUGUAACAAUUGAAAACCUAAAACAACACAAGAGAAUACACAUUGGGGAGAAACCUUACAGUUGUGUGGUUUGUGGAAAAGAUUUUAGAACAAAUACUGAAUUAAAAAUACAUCAAAGAAUACAUACUGGGGAGAAACCUUACAGUUGUGACUUUUGUAGGAAACAAUUUGGAAACAAUUGUAACUUAAAAAAACAUGAACGAAUACAUACUGGUGAGAGACCUUACUCAUGUGUUGUAUGUAAUAAACAGUUUAGGACAACUAGUGCAUUAAAAUAUCAUCAAAGAAUACAUACUGGGGAGAAACCUUACAGUUGUGCAAUCUGUGGAAAAGACUUUAAAAGAAAUGGGGAAUUAAAAAAGCAUGAAAGAAUACAUACUGGAGAGAAACCUUAUAGUUGUGAUGUUUGUGGAAAAGAUUUUAUAACAAAUGGGGAUUUAAAAAAGCAUGAAAGAAGACAUACUGGGGAGAAACCUUACUGUUGUGCAAUUUGUGGGAAAGACUUUAAAACAAAUGGAGGAUUAAAAAUGCACCAUAAAAUACACACUGGGGAGAAACCUUACAGUUGUUCAAAUUGUGGAAAAGACUUUAGAACAAACACUGAAUUAAAAACACACCAAAGAAUACAUACUGGGGAGAAACCUUACAGUUGCAUAGUAUGUAAUACACGGUUUAGAACAGAUAAUGCAUUAAAAUAUCAUAAAAGAAUACAUACUGGAGAGAAAACUUACAGUUGUGAAACCUGUGGAAAACAAUUUCGAAGUAACUCUAACUUAAAAAAACAUGAACGAAUUCAUACUGGGGAGAGACCAUACACUUGUGUUGUAUGUAAUAAACAGUUUAGGACAAAUAGUGCAUUAAGAUAUCAUGAAGGAAUACAUACUGGAUAGAAACCAUAGAGUUCUGUUAGUGUUGACAUGAUAAAGUGACAAUAAAAGAAAUUAAAAUAAGUUAAAAAUAAACCUAACUGGAAAAGGAUGGAGAGAACAGUCAUUGUUGCUAUAAAAGGAAGAAACUUUUAUAACUGACAGUUUUUCUUCAUGUUCUUGUUUUUCUCUUUUGUAUAGACGGUUAAUAAUGAUUAGAACCAAUAUUUUUAUAUUAAUAUUUCAACAUGUACUGUGAACGUGCAGCUAUGAUGAUUUUCUGAACACUUAAUCUCCUGGAUUCUGGAACUUGAUGAACUCAGACUACCAAUAUCAAUUUUUCAUGCUAGUAACAUGAUUCUAUUGUAAACUAGUAAAAGAAUAAAUAAGAUAUUGAUAAACAGUUCCA